UUUUAUGUUAUGUUUUAACAAGAGGAAAAUACAACAAUAGAUAAUAUUUAAAUAUAUUGACUUUUUAUUAGAUACUUUAUUUUGCUUUAAAAACACACAUAGUAUAUAAUUACUAAUCAAGUGAAACAAAGUUAUAAUUCUUGAUAAAUUUAAAAUAUUUAAUAUAUACAAUGUCUUCUACGCCAAUUAAUAAUACAAAUGAAAAAACAAAUCCAGAUGAUUCAAUUAAAAUUUUAAUUGCAACCGAUAUUCAUUUAGGUUUUGAAUAUAAUAAAAAAAGAGGACAACAAUCAGAAGAUAGUUUUAUAACUUUUGAAGAAAUACUUCAAUAUGGAAAAGAAUAUGAAGUAGAUUUUAUACUUCUUGGUGGAGAUUUAUUUCAUGAUACCAAGCCAUCACAAACUGCAAUAUUAAAAUGCAUGGAACUAUUAAGAAAAUAUUGUUUAGGCACAAAAGAAAUUAAAAUUCAAUUUUUAAGUGACCCAGAAGUCAUAUUUCGUCACUGUGCUUAUAAAACUGUAAAUUAUGAAGAUCCAAAUUUAAAUAUUAGUAUGCCAAUAUUUUCUAUUCAUGGAAAUCAUGAUGAUCCAAGCUUUGGAGCUAUUGGAUCAAUGGACUUAUUAUCAGUAUCUGGUCUAAUAAAUUAUUUUGGAAAAUGGACAGACCUUACUAAAAUAAAUAUUCCUCCUUUAAUUAUAAAAAAAGGUGAAACUCAUAUUGCAUUAUAUGGUUUGAGUUAUAUAAAUGAUCAAAGAUUAUCUCGAUUGUUAAGAGAUUUUAAGAUAGAUAUGUUACGCCCAACAGAAAUAACAGAUUGCUUCAAUAUAUUUGUUUUACAUCAAAAUCGCGUAAAACAUGAUGAAUAUACAUAUAUUCCACAAAAUAAAUUACCUAAAUUUCUUAAUCUUAUUAUAUGGGGUCAUGAACAUGAAUGUCGUAUAACUCCAGAAUUUAUUCCGGAUGUUGAAUAUUUUAUUUCACAACCAGGAAGUUCUAUUGCUACCUCUUUAUGUGAAGGUGAAUCAAAACCCAAACAUAUUGGUAUUUUAACUGUAAAUAAAAUGAAAUUUAAAUUACAAAAAUUGAAACUGCAAACUGUUAGACCAUUUAUUUUUGAUAAUUUAAUUCUUAAAGAUGAAGAAAUACCAAAAAAUUAUGCUGAGACACUUUCUGAAUCAGUAUUCAAAUUUAUUGAUAAUUAUAUACAAAAUGAACUUAUGCCUAAAGCUGCUUUUCAACUAUCUGGUCAUCCCAAACAACCUAUUUUACCUUUAUUACGUUUAAGAAUAUUUUAUAACUCUGAUGAAGAAAUUUUUGAUGAAAUAAAAUUAACACAAAAAUAUUGCGAUGAAGUUGCUAAUCCUAUGGAUAUAGUUAUAUUUCGUAAACAAAAAAAUGUCAACAAGAAAUCAAACUCUUCAAAUUCACUCGAAGAUGAUCUUGAAGAUAUGGCACAAAUUUUCAAUUUUGACGACAAUGAAAAAAAUUGGAACAAAACUGUACAAGGAGGUAUAAAGAAGCAUUUCAGUUUGGAAGAAAAUAAAGAUAAAUUAACAGUAUUAACUGUUAAUGGUUUAAACGAAGCAUUAAAUCGAUUUGUUAACAUGGGAGAUUUAGAUGCUUUCAAAGGUAUUGUAAAUCAUCAAAUGAAUAAAACAAUUACACAUUUGGAAACUUGUGAAGUUGACACUUCUGAAAGUAUUCGAAAUGAAAUUAAAAAUAUUAGGGAUAAAAGGAUAGAAGAAGAAAAAGAAGAUACAAUGGAGGUAGAUAAAAUAGAGAUACAAACAGUAUUUAAUAAUAUAAAAAAUCAGGCAGAAUGUUUUGAAAUUGAUUCAGAUAAUCUUAGCGACGAAGAUGAAAAAAGAAAUAUGAUUCCGAAAACCAAAAAAGAUGAACGAUCGACAAGAGGUCGAGGUUCACGAGGAGGUAGUUGUGUAAGAAAUAAAACAAAAGAAUUUACAGCAAAGAAAAUUUCAUCAAAAAUUGAUGGAAUUGAAAAAAGGAAGACAAAAAAACAGGAUCAAAAUAUAUUAGAAAAUUAUAUGGAAUCUAAAAAAAAU